AUGAAGCUCUACAUUGCGGCUGCAUUGACACUUCAAACUAUUAGCGUUGCUGCUCAGACAAACGCAAUUUGUCAGGGUUUCGACGGCGCCACACCAGGAGACGCCCAAUGGGCGGCUCUUAAUAGGAAGGCUGACUUACAUUUGGGUCCAAAAGGACUCUGGAACGGACGUAUCGUAACCUGCAGGGACUACGGAGGGCGUGCCCGAACCGUCUUUGCCUUUUGUCGCUCGGAUUCAUAUAGAGAAUAUACGACAAAGUUGGAGAGGGGUUUUGUAGCUUGUGGGUCGCCAGGUUGGAAAGGCUGUUUUGUCUGUUAG